AACUUGACAGAAACAGAGGAGUCGUCAAACAUAACGAAAACGAUCCGAUAGAUCUCAAAGUCUCUCUCUUUCUCAGUGCAAAUUAGGGUUCUUUAGAUUCUCCUCCGUUCGCACGGUCAAUUUCAUCGAGGAGAAGAAAAAGGGGGAGAGUUGGGAAAUUGGGAAACUGAGAGAAGUCAAAAAGGCAAAUGCGAGUUGUAGAGUUGUAGAGUUCCAAUGUCUUGGGCUGCUCCUGAUGAUAUCUUCUUCUCCACUUCUCUUGCUGCUUACUUAGAUAAGAAGCUUCUUGUGUUGCUUCGUGAUGGUAGGAAACUGAUGGGUCUACUUCGGUCCUUUGAUCAAUUUGCAAAUGCUGUGUUAGAAGAAGCUUAUGAAAGAGUCAUCGUGGGUAAUCUCUACUGUGAUAUUCCCUUGGGUCUUUACAUUAUCCGUGGAGAAAAUGUCGUCUUGAUUGGUGAACUGGACGUUGAAAAAGAAGAGCUUCCUGCUCAAAUGGUUCAGGUUUCAGAAGCAGAAAUCAAAAGGGCUCAGAAAGCAGAGAAGGAAGAAAUGCUUCUAAAGGGCACGAUGCGGAAAAGAAUGGAGUUUCUUGAUCUCGAUUAGGGCAUUUUACAUGUGUUGCAGCAUUGUAGAAACUAGAAAAACUGAAGAUGGGGAAUACAGAAGAUCCUUAAAUUAUAUAAGUCAAAUGUUAGUUGCUAUGUGUGUGUGGAUGACAUUUGGUUGAAUCCUCAGAACAUAGUCUCCACAGAUAAUGUGUAUGGAAUGAAAUUGUUGCAGAAAUUGAUCUUGUUCUUUUUACUGACCAUUAUUUGAUCA